AUGUCCCAUCCAAUAAAAGAAUUCGUUAGAAGACUAUCUAAUCUUGAUAUUGAACAGUAUCCAGAAUGGGAUUUAUCUAAACCACUUCCUAGAUUACCUGUUCCGAAUUUGCGUAACACCUUGGAUAGAUAUUUACGACUAAUAGCACCGGUUGUCUCUAAAGAAGAUUUUGAGCGAACAAAGCUGUUAGUUGAUGAAUUUGGUAAACCAGGUGGUGAAGGUGAAGAGUUACAAAAUCUACUCAAGGAGUAUGCUGCAACGAAACUUAAUUGGGUUACGGAAUGGUGGUUAGAUGAUAUGUAUUUGGGAAAUCCUUUACCACUGCCAAUCAAUUCCAGUCCCGGUAUGGUGUUCCCACGUCAUUCUUUUAUCAGUACAAGACAACAAUUAAGAUUUGCUGCUCAACUUAUCUCUGGAAUUUUAGAUUACAAAACAAUACUAGACACGCGCUCCCUUCCAACAGACCGAGCUCGACAUAAUACGCUUGUAACCUCAUCUGAACGUGAUCCAUUUGAUCCUGAGCAUAUAAUUGUAAUAUGUUUAGAUCAAUUAUUCGUCAUUGAUGUCAUCUCCAAUGGUAAUCGUUUAAGUGAAGAAGAUAUAUACAAUCAGCUGCGUCGUGUUACACAAUUCGCUGAAGAAGCUAUAGCUGGUGAAAGUGAUAUGGAAGCGCAACCGAGAGUUGGUGCAUUAACUGCUUUACCAAGAAAUAAAUGGGCAGAAGUGUAUGAACAUCUUUGUAAAGAUCCUGAGAACAAAGAGAACUUGAAAACAAUAGCGAAAAGCAUGUUUGUAUUAUGUCUAGAUAAACCAAUAAUUCCAGUUGAAGAACUCGAUGAAACGACAGAGAUUAAUGGACAUUUAACUGAAUCAAAUGAUGCAAAUAAUAUAAAUAAACGAGAUGACAUUUCUUUGGCAUUACAACUGUUACACGGAAUGGGAAGCCAAUUCAAUGCAGCUAAUCGGUGGUAUGACAAAACAAUGCAAUUUAUUAUAUCACGUGACGGUAAUUGUGGUCUAAACUAUGAACAUUCUGUCGCUGAAGGCAUCGCUGUUGUCCGUCUGAUUGAACACAUUCUACAGUACAUGAAAGAAGUAAAACGAUGGAAGUUAGUUCGAUUCCCAUCUGUUUGUGAAUUGGCGUUUCCAAGAAGAUUGAAGUGGAAUCUGGACAACAACACAAAAUCAAUGAUUAAUUACGCUUUAAAUGAAAUCGACAAAAUAGCUGAUGAUCUUGACUUAUACAUACUACGUUAUAACAAAUUCGGACGUGAAUUCCCUAAGACAGUUAACAUGAGUCCAGACUCAUUUAUUCAAUUAGCUUUACAAUUAGCACAUUUCAAGCUGCAUAAUUAUCUGGUUCCAACUUACGAAAGUGCUUCAACAAGGCGAUUCGCUUUAGCUCGUGUUGACAAUAUUAGAGCGUGUUCAACUCCAGCUCUGGAAUGGUGUAAAGCAAUGACAGGUCAAACAAAAUGUUCAAAUGAUGAUAGAAUUCGCCUGUUGCGUAAAGCAAUGGAAUGGCAAACUGAAAUUAUGCUUGAAACUAUCCUAGGUCAUGGAGUGGACAACCACUUAUUGGGUCUACGACAGAUAGCUUUAGCUCACGGAAGACAAUUGCCAAAUAUUUUCAAAGAUCCGAGUUACAUGGAAUCGAAUAGAUUUCGUUUAUCUACAAGUCAAGUACCUACAACAAUGGAUGCAUUUAUGUGUUAUGGAGCUGUUGUACCUAACGGAUACGGAGCAGCAUAUAAUCCACACCCUGACAAUAUAGUUGUUAGUAUCUCGUGUUGGCGUACAAAUCCAGAUAAUAAUGCUGUUAAGUUUGCUGAAAUGCUUGAUUCAGCAUUUACUGAAAUGCGUGAUUUAGUCCUCUCCAAUCCUACAUUGUCUAAAGAACCGUCAAAUGAACCAGUCGAAUGGAGUAUAGCUAAAUCACUUGGCGCUGAAGUUGGUCUGAAUGUUACUGGUUAA